AUGACGACGACCCACGUGCUGUCGCUUCCCUUUCGGAAGUCGACCCAGCUGUCACUGUCGCGGGCGAUCCAGCAGUACAUCUCUUUGAAGUACGACCAACACCCGGACAUGUUCCGCCAGGACCUCGACACCAUCGACACCUUGCGCCGUGAGGCCAUCAACGUCCGAGAACCCCACCCGAGUGGCAUCAAGAAGCUCCAGACCUACGCCGCCCAGCUGGUGUGGAUUGGCGGCAAGUUCCCCAUCGAUGUCGGCGCCGACUUCACGUGGUACCCGGCCCUGGGCUACCACACCGAACACCCUCUCGUCCAGAACAACCUCAAGUACGAGCUGAUGAACGUGCUUUACAACCUCGCCGCCCUCUACUCCCAGCUGGCCAUGGCCUCCAACCGCAACAGCACCGAAGGCCUCAAGACCGCCGCCAGCUGGUUCUCCCAAGCCGCCGGCGUCCUCACCCACAUCAAGACCCAAGUCCUGCCCGAGCUGCGCAUGCCCAACCCGCCCGACGACAUGGACGAAUCCACCCUCGAGUCCCUCACACAGCUCUUCCUUGCCGAAGCCCAAGAGUGUUACUGGCAAAAAGCCGUUAUGGACGGUUACAAGGACGCCUCUAUCGCCAAGUUAGCCGCCCGCGUCUCCGACCUCUACAACGAAGCCGGCGAGGCCGCCAUGCGCAGCGAGGCCAUUAGCUCGGCCUGGAUUCACCACAUGAGUGCCAAACACCACCACUUCGCUGCCGCCGCUCAGUUCCGCGCAGCCAACGAUUGUCUCGAACGGAAACAAUACGGCGAAGAGAUUGCCCGGUUGCGGGAUGCCCUCGCCUGCGUGAACGAAGGGUUGAAAGAGACCCGAGGUGGCUACCUCAGCAAAGCCGUCGUCGAAGACCUACACGGCCUGAAGCGUCGCCUAGAAGAGGAUCUCAAGCGCGCCGAGAUCGACAACGACCGCGUUUACCUGCACAUUGUGCCGCCCAAGACCGAGCUCAAGCGCCUCGACCGCGCCAACAUGGCCGUUGCCCGCGUGCCUCCCCAGGUCGCCAAGCCGUACGAGUUUCUGGGUGACUACAAUUCCGAGUUCGGCCCGGCUCUGUUCACCAAACUAGUUCCCUUCGCCGUACACGUGGCAGUUUCCAUAUACGAAGAGCGCCGCGACAGGCUUGUCAACAACUCCAUCAUCUCCGAGCUCGAGUCCAUGACAUCCCAGCUUCACGAGAUCCUCUCCUCUCUCAACCUUCCCGGCUCCUUACAAGCUCUCGAAAAGCCGCUCGGCCUUCCCGGCACCUUGGUCCAACACGCCGACGAAAUACGCCAGGCCGACGCCCUCUACCGAUUGCAGCAGGGCUUUGCCGAUAUUGAGAAGCUCUGCAAUUCGGACCUGGCAAUCUUUGAAGAAGGCCGGUCUCUCCUUCUCGCCGAAGAGGAAGAAGACAACCGGCUGCGUCUCAAGUACGGCACCGAGAGAUGGAACCGCCCACAAUCUCGUCAGGACCCGUCUCCCAAUGGCGGCGCAAAGCUCUGGCGCCAGGCACAGGAUAUUGAGGGUUACUUUGGCUCUUCAACAGCCUCGGACCAGGUAGUCCGCGAAAAGUUCAACGCCGUGAAGGACACGCUGGCCAUUCUUGCCGGGUCCGACCGAACAAUAAUGGAUUCCAUCCCCAACUCGCGACGCACCGACAUCCCCGAGAGCUUGAAGCCGGCCCUCGGAAGGCUGCGAAGCGCCUAUAACGAUGUGCAGCGUCUCGAGUCCCGUCGGCGCAAGCGCGUCGAAUCUUUGCGCGCCCGGUCUCGUGCAGACGACAUCAAGCCUGACAUCCUCGUCGAAGCGGCCCGUUUAGAACGCGCAUACCCGACCACCGCCAUCGCGACAGCGCACUUUGAGGACUUCUUUGAGAAGCGUCUCGACCGCCUAUACGAGUCGGAGCUGGAGGCUGUAGAAAGGGAUAAGCAGGAGCAGGAGAAGAUCGUCCAGGAGGUUAGGAGGGCGAAUAAGGAGUUUGAGGCGCAGAAGAGACAGGUAGACCGGGCUGGAGGAGGCAGUGGAGAGAGGGAGAAGGCGCUGCAGAAGCUCGAUGGAGCGUACUACAAGUAUAAGGAGAUUGUGAGCAAUGUUGAGGUCGGCAGAAAGUUUUAUAAUGAUUUGAGCCAGAUUGUGGAGCAAUGGAGGGGAUUGGUCAGGGGGUGGGUGAGUGAGCGGAUGAGGGAUGCCAGGAGUCUUGAAGAGGAAAUCAAUAUGCCCCCUCUGUCUUCCCUCAACAUGCACCACCAACCAUCUUUCUCGUAUCAACAACACCAACACCAACAACCUCCACCGCCGCCCCAGAUUCCUUUCCCCGAACCCAUCCAGGCUCAUCAGCCAAUAGUCGAACAAGCCCACAUCCAAAGCUGGGCAGACAACGUACCGCAGCAACAGCCGAAGCCAGUAGCUCCUGGUGUGUGGGCACCCAACAUGGGGAUAAACUUUGGUUCACCUGGUGGCCAGGGACAGCAACAACAACAACAACAACAACAACAACAACAACAACAACAACAACAACAACAACAUCAAGAGCAGGGGCAACAAGGACCGGUGAACGCCACUUGGGAUCCUUCACAGGGGAUCCGGUUUGGUUAG